CCUCCCCCCCCCCCCAACACCCUCUCAGUCGUCCGGGAGUACGCGCUUCUUUGAGUACGCCCGGUCGCUCGCCAGGGUCGUCGGCGACCUCGGCUGGCAGCGAGUGACAGGUGACAGGUGACAGCGCGAAACGUCAAACGUCAAACGAGUUCGUCUUCUCUCUCUCUCUUGCGCACGCGCGCUUCUCUCUUUCUCUUUUUCCCUCUCUUUCUCUCUCUCUCGACGCGGCCGCGAUUCUUCCACUUCGUCUUCGUCGUCGUCGUCGUCGUCGUCGAUCGACGCUGGAAUGCGCGAACGGAUACUCCGGACGCUUGUCGUGUAAAUACAUACACAUACGCACACAUAUAUUCACUCACGUGCACGUAUGUACGCGCGACGAUGCGCCGACCGAGUCCAUCUGUUUCCCUGACGAGAAGAUGCGUCGUCCCGUAACCGCGUCACCGGCGUGAACCGCUUUGGAAGUUGCCGCACUGGGACACGAGGGAACGAGCGUCGUUCAGGGAGAGUGCCGGAAAGUCUUCUUCUUGGAGAGGAUCUUCUACCGGGAGAGUUUCCAGAGAAUUUGACAUCCGGACACGCGCUGACUCCGCUCUGAUACACUGGAAGAAAAUGUGUAAUGUCAGAGUGAUACAACGUAGAGAUAUAGGUGGUCAAUACAGAGCAAUCGAGUAUAACAGACUGUUGUGUAUCUCGCUUAGUUGAUGUACGGAACACUGUCUUAGAUAUUUGUCUAGCGCUUUUAUUGCAUAUCCUUAGUAUCGCUCUGUCGAAAAAUAUUCAGUGUUCAUAAAACUGCAAAAUUUAAUGAGGCCGAAGGUGCCUCAAAAGAGGGGAAACUUUCUUUUGAGAAGGUACAGCGUUCUACAAUUGACUGCAACGAACAAUGAACCAUUCGGGAAGCGGAAAACGUCAGGCGAAGGUUCUGGAAGAAAAUUAUUGGGACUGCAGUGUCUGCACUUUUAGGAAUACAGCGGAAGCAUUUAAGUGCCUCAUGUGUGACGUCCGUAAAGGAACCUCUACGCGGAAACCCCGCAUAAACCCCCAAUUGGUAGCUCAACAGGUUGCGCAGCAACAAUUUGUGCCACAUUUAAAACCAGGCAAGAAAGAAGGAAGUGGUGGUGGUGGUGGUGGUAGCACGACCAGCGGCGUCAAGGAGAAGGAACGCAAACUGGACAAACCAAGGCGCAAAAAUAGGCAUCCGCCGCGUCUAAAAAAUAUCGAUCGUAGUACCGCGCAAACGAACGAAGUGACAGUCAAUAAUGUCACCGUCACUAUCACGGAGUACAAGCCCAAAGUGAAGAAGGGCUCAGACCAAUCGAGCAACGCGAGCUCCGAAGGCGGAAGCCAACACGAUUCCAAUCAGGACUCGAGAAGCCUCGAUGUAGGAACCGACGCCUAGUUCAAUGUGCUAAUGUUACAUAUGUGUGUACGAAUUUAUUCUAAUUAAUAUAUUGUACGACGUAUGUAUUAUCAAUCUUUUGUGGUCAACCGUCAUCGUCCUCUAGACCAAGAGCGACCAUCGUUGACUCUCACUUCUCGCCCAGUUUGUCUAUGCGUUGUCAGAUUAUCUGGUGAAGGUCAAUGAGGUCAGACAUUUUAUGCUACCAAUGGGAAAUAUUGACUACAUAUUAAUUUGUAUCAUCACCGUUUAUAACGAUGAAAAAAAACACGAGAAUAUAUGCAACUAUAUACCACCCGGAUUUGAUUGUUUGCGCGAAGUGAAUAGAUUGAAUAAUUCGCGUCGUUAGCGAAAAAAUUGUACUUAAGAACGCUUUACUUUACAUCGGUAUCCUUUAUUCCGCUUAAUAUUUAUUCAACUUAUUUAAAAUGUCUACCAAUGUGACAUAUUUUAGAUUUAUAAAUGUAAAGAGGAAAGAGAAAGCAAAUUGUAAAUAUCUGACGCGACAUUGCUGGUGAGAAAUAGAAUUUAACGAGCCAUUGUUGACAUAAUAAUGUUCUCGACUGUCAUUGAAUUUUUGCGAGACCACUGCCAGAAAGCAUGUCGUGUUAUGUCCGAAAUUUAAUUUUCUGUUAACAAAACCUAAUAAUACAUUCGAUGACUGUGUAUUGAUUUUGCUUACAAUAAUUACCAAUGUUAAUUGGUAUGCAUAUAUACAUCUUUUAUCCUGUUUCUCAAUAAGAUAAAAUUUUUGAAGUAUAUAUCCAUUUUCUUGAUUUAUUUAUUACGUUUUUCAUUUCGCGCAGUUGAUUUUAACUGAUUAUGUCUUAAAACUUUUGAUGUUUCUAAAAAUGUACAGAUUUAAUAUCAAUUUUCAGCAAUGUAAUAUAUAUCGUACUGAAUAUCUAAAAAAACGACGCUUCCUGAUAAAAAUCAUGUUAAAUAACAUCUUAUUUCUAGCGAAUAAACGAUUUAAAAUUGUAAAUUAAAAACUUGUAUCUAUUUGGAAAUGUGGAUAUAUAUAUAUAUAUACACAGAUAGAAAAAAAAGAGCUUUGAACAUCAUUAUCAUAUUUGUGUAACUGCCCGAAAGAGAAAUUGUUCGCAACAAUGAGCUCUUAUUACAAUUAUUCAAAAUUAAAUUGCAGUUGCAAGGACCACAUGGAAAAAGUUCACAGUCCAAACGUAAACAUAAAAUAGAGAAAGGGAAGAGUUGUGUAAGAAGAAAUUGUUAAUAUUACGCCCAAUAAUUAUACCGUGAUCAUUGUAAUACGAUUCUGCAUAAAGAAAUGAAAGUAUAUAUAAAACUUUGUCAAUAUCGGAUAAGAUAUUAAGACAAAUAGACAAAUCCGAAAAUUGUGUAUACUCGAGUAACGAAUAAUAUCACCUAAAGACGCAUUGUAAAAAGAAA